AGUUUGUGUUAGCUAACUAGUGACGGGAUCGAUAACUCACAGGAAAAUAAGGACACUGAAACUAAACGUCAGUGUAAGGGGAUCGGUUCAGUGCUGCAGCAGUGAGUUUAUUUUAAACCGAGGACAUACUGUCUUUAACAGGAAGUGGCUGUUCGCUGUUUGGCUAGCUGCACUCAAACAGAGCGAUCCAGCUGUUAGCCGUAAUGUUCGCGUUUGUAAAUGAGGACUGUGGAGGAGAGCCUGUGUGAGCCCGGUGCCUGAUUUUUCCUCCUCUGCGCUAUUUUAUCCAGUAAAAUAAUCUCUGUCUAAGCAACACAUGCAGACAGUUUACACGGUUACAGCCACCACAUGCUCAGAGAGCCCAGCACGAUCAGGAAUCCCAUCAGCACCUCUGCAGGGAGGAAAAAGUUUGGAGACCUUUGUUUUUUCCUCUCAUCAUCUCACUGACUGAUUACUGAGUAAAAGUGAAGCCCCAGCGCUGCCCAACCUGGUCAGACCAAGGCAUCGUCACCCGUCAGCCUCCCACCUCAGUAAGACCCGGGAGAAGACGGAGGUAGAGAGGCACAGACUGAGUGGACACAAAGGCUGAAGUAAACAGGACUCAUCCUUUAACUUUCAGCUGUGCAGCUGUGUGUGAAUCAUCAGCUGAACCACAUCCUCAGACAGACGGACAGACGGGCCUGGUUAUGCAGCUCUUAUGAAACAGCAGAUGUAGAUGUAGACACUACAGGGUGACAUCAGCAGACGGGAGCUUCGGGCUCCCGUGGCCUACAUCUGUCACUGUCCAAAUCAAUAGAGAUGAUUGGAGGAAGAGGAGGAGAAGCUAACCCCCACCACCCCCUCUCAGGGAAGCAAUAUGCUGAUUGGCUGAUCCUACAGGCCCCGCCCCCUCACUCCCAUCCCUUGUGAUGACAGAACAAACAGAUAAAUAACAGUGCAGACUCCUGAAAGCCUCAGAUGUCCCUCUGAGACAGGCUGAGGACGUUGGUCCCACUUUUUUGUUGGACCUCGAGGUAUCAUCAGAGACUUUGAUUACUCGGGUGUUGGACGCGCCACAGCAGCUUCACGAUGGAGCUGAAGGACUUCUGCGUGACGGGCGAAUACGACCUGCUCAGCCCGCAGCGCAUCCUGGACUCCUCUUCUUCCUCCUCCUCCUCCCCCAGAGAUGAACCUCAGUCUCCACCUUCCUUCCUCCACUCCUCCCCCCUCGGUCCCGCCUUUCCUGUGGAAGCCACUCCCACUCUCAGCCCUUCACAUGCAGAAUUCUUCCUCCACAGUCCGGCUUCUUCUUCUUCCUCCUCAUCCUCCUCCUCCUCACCGUACAGUCUCCUGUGCCGAGCAGCGGAGCCCGACUCCCCGACACGAUGUAGCUCCAGCGGUGGAAGUAGCGCCUUGGUAUCGGAAGCGUCGCUGUGUUUUUCCGUAUCGGACUCGUUUUCAGCGCAGGUCGACUCGAUCCUGAGGGGUGACUACAUGACCUCAAUGGGGGCCGUGGGGCCCAAAAGGCUGUGUCUGGUGUGCGGAGACUUCGCUUCUGGGUAUCACUACGGCGUGGCAUCCUGCGAGGCCUGCAAGGCUUUCUUCAAGAGGACCAUCCAAGGUAACAUCGAGUACAGCUGCCCGGUGAUGAACGAGUGCGAGAUCACAAAGCGGAGGAGGAAAGCCUGUCAGGCCUGCCGUUUCCAGAAGUGUCUGCAGGCUGGGAUGAUGAGGGAGGGUGUCCGUCUGGACCGUGUCAGAGGGGGGCGCCAGAAGUACAAGAGGCGGGUGGACACGGGACUGAGUUUAUGCACCAAAGCCCCAUACAGCCACCCGAGCAGCAGCAGUGAGUUCACCCUCGCUCCCUCUGAAGGCUUUCAGGUCAAACUCCUCGCCCACGCCGAGCGCCGUUUAUCAUCCACUUCCUGUCUUUUAGGGAACAAGGUCAUUUCCCACCUGCUGCUCACAGAGCCCGCCCCUUUAGCUGCCAAUCAGGACAAUUCGACCAAUGACAGCAGCUUGCGGAUCCUGCUGACCCUGUGUGACCUCCUGAACCGGGAGCUGCUGGUUCUCAUUGGCUGGGCAAAACAGAUUCCAGGCUUCUCCGGACUCUCAUUGGUCGAUCAGAUGUCGCUUCUGCAGAGCGGCUGGAUGGAGGCGCUGCUGGUAGGUGUGGCCUGGCGCUCCCAGGGCGCAGGGGGGGACGAGCUUGUGUUUGCCGGGAAUCUGCGUCUGGACGAAGCUCAGUGUCAAGCCACGGGAUUGGCUGACCUGUACGAGGCGCUGCGUCACCUGAUGGCGAAAUACAGAGCGAUGAAGCUGAGCCCUGAGGAGGUGGUGACCCUGAAGGCCAUGGCGCUCGCCAACUCUGAUGCCGACCCGGUGGACUGCCCGGACUCGGUGCAGAGGUUUCAGGACGGGCUCCAUGAGGCGCUGCAGGACUAUGAGUCGUCCCGCCGGGAGCAGCGCCGAGCGGGACGGCUGCUCAUGACCCUCCCCCUUCUGCGACAGACCGCCGACCGAGUCGUGCAGGCUUUCCUGCGGCUGCACCGCCACCACCGCGUCCCCAUCCACAAACUGCUGCUGGAGAUGCUCGACGCCAAGGCCUGACCGCAUCCUGUCGGCCAUUGCGUGACCACAGCGGCUUUUAUCGGGGAGACUGUAAAAUGACCCAAUGCACUUGACUUUUAGCUUUCAGAGAAGUUAUAUUUUUGUAUCAUGAUGUCUUGAGAUGUGUUUGUUUUUUGGCAGAAAUGAGCUUCCGUAUUUUUUGUUUAUGGGACCGAGUCGAGUUUCAAACUUGACGUGGACGUUCACGUCUGUCCUCGCUGUAAAUGCUGCCUGAGAAAACGCAGGAAACCGUUCCUGCUCAGUGAAGCACAUUUCUGCUCAAAGAUCCACCGUUAUAGCUUUUCAUCAGAAAACAUUAAAGUGGAACCGUUCUACUCAUUUCCAGCUCCAUGUUCACAACCUUGGGUUCUGCUAGGGCAGCUUUGCAUGAGUCACAGUUCAGAAUAACCCUUUGUCUGAUACUGGGUCUCUGUCUCAAACAAGCUAUUCCCUGUUUAAGGGCUACCAUCCUACUUAUAUGUUUGAACGGUGAGUGGGCGGGGCCUUUGUCUAAGCUGACUACAGUAGGGAUAUUCUCUGUGACAUCACACAGACCAACAUCAGAAAAAAGUUUGUAACAGUGUUCGUCUCACUGAACUUGUUAUUAGGCACUUGGCUCAUGUUUAUUAUGAACAGAAAAGCAGAACAGAGCCACUUUACCCAAUCGGCAAACACUUCUUUAAGCUCUGCCUCCUGUAGGUAAAGGUGGGCAUAUGUAGACUCAGAUUUAAAUUUAUUUUUAUAAACUAAAAUAUUUUUGUGGGACUUCUAUUUUUCCACGAUGACACGAUCACACUGCGAUGCCGAGUCGUCGUUUAAAUGGCUGUGGAUGUUUACUGUGUCAGCUGGUGUUUAGAUUGUUUGUUAUAAUAAUAAAUUAAAGCUUUUGGAAUAAAAACAGGUGCUCAUCUUUUAUCUUCUAAAAUAUCUCAUGUCUCUAAGAUUUACAACAUGAGCUGAGCUGUAAGCACCGAGUUUGAAUCCAAUAAAAACAUUAAUACAGAUGCUGCAUUCAUAGGUCGUAGGAAACUAGAAAUUUGUCAUCCUCUGUG